AUGGGCUCAACUGGCGUGGACCAGGAGAGUCAUCUUGCAACGGACCAAUCUUUUACAAAUCACCAUCAGAACACUGCCGCCAACCACAACGUCAACGACGGCUGGGGCGACAUGAAUGCCUACCACCAGAGCGCCAUGCCAGACUACGGGUUUAGUUAUGGUUCUCACACUCCGCACGGGUUGCCAUCAGAAUCCAUCGGUAGGAUGCCUCCUCCGCCGGCGCCUCUACAGCCUAUUCUGCCUCCUCAGCAGCAGCAGCAGCAGCAACAGCAUCGAUCGCAUACACAACUUGCCAUGCUCACGAUACCUCAGGGAGCAUGGCCAAGUAAUUUCGUGCAAAAUCGCAGCAGCUACUCGGCUCAGUCGGCGCCCCCUUUGCAGAUGCCGCCCGUGCUGGGUGUGUCGCCUUCGUCCAAGCCUGUCAGGCCGUUGGGCAUGCAGCAAUCAGCGCCGCGGAAGACUCUGACAGAUGACGACAGGCGCAGGAUGUGCCAGUACCAUAUGGACAACCCCAACAUGAAGCAGACCGAAAUCGGUGCCAUUACUGUAUCGAAGGUUCUUCGUAACAAGGAGAAGUAUCUCUUCCCGGAGAACAGGACGCAAUCUCCAGUCAAGCGCAACCAGAAGAAGCUGCCGGACUUCGAGAAGGCUUUGUCAUCCUGGGUCAACAAAAGGAAGACACGCUAUGGGGCUGACAUCUCAGACGAGGAGAUCCUGCAACAGGCUCGCCACUUCCGUCUGACUGUCGGUGGCGAGUCGGAAAGCCAGUUCAAGGCCUUGUUAAACGGCUCGUGGCUGGAAAAGUUCAAGCAGAAGAACGGCAUCGGUCAACCCAGGUUGUUGCGGAGGGCAUCCGAGACGAACAUAAUCGAUCACGCGAAACUCUCUGCCUCGCCAUCGCUGACGCACGGCAUCAUGUCAACCACGUCGCCUACGGGACAGCCUUCGCCCCUCUCGGCAGAUCGGAGUGACGAGGACGCACACAACAACAGCCUCGGGUUCAUCCCCUACUCUCCAGACGGCAACACCUACAAGCACGCAAACUCGCAUAGCACGACGUCUCUGAACAGCGCUUUCACAGACGCAGCGGCGUCCUCUUUCUCGGGGGGUGCGCUGAGCCCCACAGGUCCAUUCACCUUCUCGCCAGAUCCAAACGUUGGCAGUUUCCUAGCACCCGAUCAGACUCGCCAGAUGCAAGUGGGCGUAGGCUCCAACUUCUCGCGGCCGAGGAGCCAGACCUUCCCAACCCUGGAUCUAGAGUACAUGAACGCAGCGGGUACGACGACAGAGCCAUCAACCCCGAGGUUUCACCCCUCGGCGACCGCCCCUUCCUCGGCUCUGGAGUCUCCUGUCCACGAGAUGAACGCAGCUCCGUUCGGCAUCGACAACGCCAUCGCCUCGUCACCGCAUCUGCAUCACAGCAGCAGCAAUAGCAGCAUGGCUGGGCGGUCAACAACCACUCCGAUCAACAGCGGUUUGUCGUCGACCCCUGUUGGCUCUUCUCCGACGUCGCCCACGCAGGAGGACGCCCGGAGGGCAGCAGACACGUUGCUCAACUUUAUCCAAAGCAACGCUUCCAACGGCUUUGUCGACCAAAACGAAUACGCAACCGUCCUGCGGCUGACGGAGAAACUUCGCAUCCACCAGCAGCAAAGCGACCAAGUCGAUCAACGUCACGGCCAUCGGCGGUCUUUUCAAGAAUACCGGGAAGGGCGAUUCGAAGAUGCCGCCGCCGACAACAACGAAACUAGCAUGUCGAGGCGACUCAUGUCUGGUUGA